CCGCUCCUCUCCCCGCAGGCGAGGUCCGCGGCGUGCUCGCGCCCGCACCCGUCCGGGCACCCGCUCUCACCCUAGCUACCCCGCCUUUCCGCCCCGCGAUGUCGCGCCGUAAGCCGGCGUCGGGCGGUGUGGCUCCUGCGAGCCCGGCACCCAGGAGGCAGGCCGUUUUGAGCCGGUUUUUCCAACCCGCUGGAAGCCUGAAAUCUACCUCGUCCCCGACUGGCGCUGCCGACCAGGCCGACUCUGCCUCCUCAGCCUCCUCAGCGCCCCCAGCGUCCACCGUCGUGCCUGCGUCAGCGCCGCCGCAGGCUGCGAAUACUGACAGAAGGAAGAAGAGACCAGCGGAGAACGCUGCGCCUCUCAAGAAGAAAGCCAAGAGAGUCCAGGAACGGGGAGGCGGAGGGGACUCGGCGGUGGCAGAGUCCGGCGACGCUGAGCCAAAGAGAUGUCUGAGGACCAGGAUCGCUUCACAGUCUCUGGAAAAACUGAAAGAAUUCUGCUGUGAUUCUGCCCUCCCUCAAAAUAGAGCCCAGGCAGAACCUCGUCAGGGGAGAUUCGAAGUUCUGCCAAAAUGUACUGAUUUUGAGGAUAUCAGUCUUCAGCGUGCAAAGAAUGCCGUUUCUUCUGAAGAUCCCAAAUCGAAAAGUAAUCAGAAGGACAGUGUGUCUGGGCCCAAGAGUUUCCAGAAGCCCUCUGACCCCAGAGCCCUGAACAAGCGCUCCAAGAGCGUCUACACGCCGCUGGAGCUGCAGUACCUGGAGGUGAAGCAGCAGCACCCAGAUGCGGUUCUGUGUGUGGAGUGUGGGUAUAAGUACAGAUUCUUUGGGGAAGACGCAGAGAUAGCUGCCCGGGAACUCAAUAUCUACUGCCACCUGGACCACAGCUUCAUGACGGCCAGCAUUCCCACGCAUCGGCUCUUCGUCCAUGUGCGGCGCCUCGUGGCCAAGGGCUACAAGGUGGGAGUUGUGAAGCAGACGGAAACAGCAGCUCUGAAGGCUGUUGGCGACAGCAGAAGUUCCCCCUUUGCCCGGAAGUUGACUGCUCUGUACACGAAGUCGACGCUCAUUGGGGAAGAUGUGAGUCCUCUCAGCAAGCUGGAUGACGGGGCUGUCGGUGUGGACGAGGUGACCACUGAUGCUUCUGCUGGCUAUCUCCUGUGCAUCUGUGAAGAUAAGGACAGCGCCAAGGGCAAGAGAAAGGGCAGCGUUUUCAUAGGCGUUGUGGCCGUGCAGCCCGCCACCGGGGAGCUGCUGCUGGACGCCUUCCAGGACACUGCACUGCGCCUGGAGCUGGAGACAAGGCUGUGCAGCCUGCAGCUGGCUGAGCUGCUGCUCCCUGAGCGCCUGUCGGAGUCCACAGAGGCGCUGGUGCGCAGGGCUGCUGCCUCGGGUUUGCGGGAUGACAGAAUUCGAGUGGAGAGGAUGGAUAAUGUUUAUUUUGAAUACAGCCAUGCUUUCCAGGUGGUCACAGAGUUCUACACAAAGGACCCAGUGGAUGUCAGAGGUUCUCAAAGUUUUUCUGGCAUCAUUAACUUGGAGAAACCUGUGAUUUGCUGUUUGGCUGCCAUAAUAAGAUACCUCAAAGAGUUUAACUUGGAAAAGAUACUCUCCAAACCCGAACAUUUCUGGGGCUCCGCGACUCACAGGAAACCCACCCAGACGGCACCCCCGAGGAAGGUCCAGAUGUCUGCUGAGCGCCUGCUGAGUGGAGUGGAGGCCCUGAGUGCUUCCACACGAGGGUCGCCGACAGAUGGCCCUUGCUCCAAGGAGUGCGCUCGGAAUUUUAAACAGCUGUCUAGUGAAAUGGAGCUAAUGACGAUGAACGGAACAACAUUAAGGAAUCUGGAAAUCCUACAGAAUCAGACUGACGGGAAGAGCAAGGGAAGUUUGCUGUGGGUGUUAGACCACACGCACACAGCGUUUGGGAGGCGGCUGCUGAGGAAGUGGGUGACCCAUCCGCUCCUCAGAUUAAGCGAGAUAAAUGCUCGACUCUGCGCUGUCUCGGAAGUGCUGGGCUCCGAGUCCAGCGUGUUUGCCCAGAUCGAAAGCCUCCUGCAGAAGCUGCCUGACAUGGAGAGAGGACUCGGGAGCAUUUACCACAGAAAAUGUUCUACCCAAGAGUUCUUCUUGAUCGUCAGAACCCUGUGUCACCUGAAGUCAGAGCUACAAGUGUUAAUGCCCGUGGUGAAUUCGCAUGUGCAGUCAGACUUGCUUCGGAUGAUUGUUUUGGAAAUCCCAGAGCUCCUCAGUCCUGUGGAACAUUACUUAAAAAUACUCAGCGAACAGGCUGCCAAAAUUGGGGAUAAAACUGAAUUAUUCAAAGACCUUUCUGACUUCCCUUUAAUAAAAAAGAGGAAGGAUGAAAUUCAAGACGUCACUGCCAAGAUCCAAACACAUUUGCAAGAAAUACGAAAAAUACUAAAAAACCCUUCAGCGCAGUAUGUGACAGUUUCGGGACAGGAGUUCAUGAUUGAAGUAAAGAACUCUGCUGUGUCGUGCAUACCGCCUGACUGGGUGAAGGUUGGAAGCACGAAGGCUGUGAGCCGCUUCCACUCUCCCCUGGUGGUGGAGAGCUACCGACUCCUGCAGCAGCUCCGCGAGCAGCUGGUCCUGGACUGCAACGCCGAGUGGCUCCGCUUCCUGGAGAGUUUUGGUGAACAUUAUCACUCUCUGUGUAAAGCAGUACGUCACCUAGCAACCAUUGAUUGUAUUUUCUCCCUGGCCAAGGUUGCUAAGCAAGGAGAUUACUGCAGGCCAAUGGUAAAAGAAGAAAGGAAAAUCAUAAUAAAAAAUGGAAGGCACCCUGUGAUCGACGUGUUGCUGGGAGAGCAGGAUCAGUACGUCCCUAACAGCACCCGUCUGUCAGAGGACUCGGAGAGAGUCAUGAUCGUCACCGGCCCCAACAUGGGUGGGAAGAGCUCCUACAUCAAGCAGGUGGCCCUGAUCACCCUCAUGGCCCAGGUGGGCUCCUACGUUCCUGCGGAGGAGGCGACGGUGGGCAUCGUGGAUGGCAUUUACACCAGGAUGGGCGCUGCGGACAGUAUAUACCAAGGACGGAGCACCUUUAUGGAGGAGCUGACGGACACGGCAGAGAUCAUCCGGAAGGCAACGCCGAGGUCCCUGGUGAUCCUGGAUGAACUGGGGCGAGGCACGAGCACACACGAUGGGAUCGCCAUCGCGUACGCCACCCUGGAGUAUUUUAUUAGAGACGUAAAAUCCCUAACCCUGUUCGUCACCCAUUACCCACCGCUGUGCGAGCUGGAAAGGAGCUACCCGGGCCAGGUGGGGAAUUACCACAUGGGCUUCCUGGUGACCAAGGACGAAGGCCAGGCAGGUCCAGGCAAAGAGGAAGUCCCUGAUUUUGUGACUUUUCUUUAUCAAAUAACCAGAGGAGUUGCAGCAAGGAGUUACGGCCUAAACGUGGCUAAGCUAGCAGAUGUUCCUGGAGAAGUCCUGAAGAAAGCAGCUCACAAGUCCAAGGAGCUGGAAGGGUUAAUAAACAUGAAAAGGAAAAGGCUGAAGUCUUUUUUGAAAUUGUGGACAACACAUAGUACGGAAGACCUUCGAGAGUGGAUGGACGAGUUUGAAGUAGAAGAAACACAGACUUCUCUUCCUGAUGAGCCUGUGGACCGCUCUUUGGAAGAAACAGCGGAGAGUUAGAAACACCCACCACCGUCUAAAACAGGUGCCCAGCAGCGCCCAUCUGGCACAGGAGAGCACCGCAUCCCGGCCGCAGCGGUCCGUUUGGGAGAUGGAUUUCUUCCUUUUGUGAAGGAAACGAUGCUCAGGUUCCUUCCCCUCCGCCUUUUCAGAUAGCAAGGCUCCCUCUGUGACCGGAAAUCUCCUGGAUGGGGCUCCACAAGGUGACACCUCUUCGGUUAGUGCCUGUUCUGUUUGCACGAGAUAAUGUUAAAAGCCACCAAUUCUUCAUGUGCAGAAUAAUUUUUGAUAAAAAUAGAAUUAUGAAGCUCUUAGAAACUAGAGCCCAGUGCCCUGGAAGAAUAAAGUCAUAUGAAAUUUGCAGAGUUA